GAAGAUGGGGGUCACUCACUAAAUAUGAGUGGAAAUUGCUUUGCCCAAUUAAUCCAGAGUGGGCCUCGGUGUGUCAUUAUACAGCCAGGCCUUCCACUACAGCUGACAGCUCGGUAUUUUCACAAUUUGAAGAAAUGUCAAAGGAAAUUACCCCUCCCUUGAAUUCUGCAAUUAAAACUCAAGUAGUUAAUGAGACCUCUUCACCUUUUGGUUGCCGCGGGUAGACGUUUGUAGCGAACUUAAGCUCCUUUUAAUUGCUGUUAUUAAAUAAAUCAGUCCUCCCUUUUUUCCUGCAGACUUCGCGCUGGUUUUCUGAUUGACGCGUGAAACGGGUGUGUUGGUUGGUUUAACCUGCAGCUCCUUCUCUUUUUUUUAUUCCACUUUUAUUGCCGGAUUACAAAUUUAGACUCUGAACAACAUAAAUGCACAGGCGAUAAGUGUCGGCUCAAGUGUUGUCUGUUUUUCUGAGCGUCAUGUGUGAGGACUGCAAGGGAGAAGAGCUGCCGGGGAAGUGCGCCGAGGACAGGAGGGACAUCAUGGGCGCGCCGGUGGAGGUUUUGGAUGAGGACACUUCUUCCCCGCAGGCGAUGAACUCUGCGCCACUGCUGGGCAGGAGCGUGUGCGCCAACUGCAACGAGGAAAUAGUGGAUAAAUAUUUAUUAAAGGUUAACGACUUGUGCUGGCAUGUGCGCUGUCUCUCCUGCAGCGUGUGCCAGACCUCGCUUGGCAGCCACGCGAGCUGCUAUAUCAAGGAAAAAGAAGUUUUCUGCAAACUGGAUUACUUCAGACGAUAUGGCACCUGGUGCGCCUGCUGCGGCAGGAACAUCCACUCCACAGACUGGGUCCGCAGGGCCAAAGGCAACGUCUACCACCUGGCCUGCUUCGCCUGCUUCUCCUGCAAGAGGCAGCUCUCCACAGGGGAGGAGUUCGCGCUGGUGGAGGGCAAAGUGCUCUGCAGGGUCCAUUACGACUGCAUGCUGGACAAUCUCAAGCGGGCCGUGGAGAAAGGAAACAGUGUUAAUAUGGAGGGAGCCGUCCCCACAGAACAAGAAGUCAAUCAGCCUAAACCCUCUAAGAGAGCUCGGACCAGCUUCACGGCCGAUCAGCUGCAGGUGAUGCAGGCUCAGUUUGCUCAGGACAACAACCCUGAUGCUCAGACUCUGCAGAAGCUGGCCGAGCAGACUGGCCUCAGUCGAAGAGUCAUACAGGUCUGGUUCCAGAACUGUCGAGCUCGCCACAAAAAACAUGUGAGCCCCAACCACACCUCCAGCACACCCAUGACCUCCCUGCAGCCUGGCCGUCUGUCCCAGCCCACUCCGACCCCUGAGGAGCUGCAGUACACAGCCUAUGGAGGCCCAGAAGGGUCAAUGCUCUCAGCACUACAUUCUUUUAUUGACAUCCACACUCCUCCCUCCAUGUUUCAGCCGCUGCUGCCUGCUCACACCAUGACCUCCUUGCCUGUGUCUCAUGCCUGAGCUGCUCACCUCGCCAGCGUUUCUCCUCCAUAACCAGCUGCAGUAUUCCGGUGCCCAUGGUAAAUCUUCAUCACAUCAUAACACCAUUUUAUUUCUUAAACUUCACGAUCUUUACAUGUUUAUACUUUAAAAGAGAAAAAAACAAACCGAAGACCAUAACUUACAGUCCUCUGUGUACUGUAUAAUGUGGAAAUGCAAACGUUUCGGUGUACCUCAGCGCUGUGACACAUGGCAGUAUAUUUGUUUAUGUGGUUGGUGACAAUGUUUGACUGUGCUAUUCCAUGUGAAAGCCAAUAGGCUCUAAACUUCAUAUGAAGGUGACCCAGAAUUUGUUUUACAUAAAUGUUGCAAUUUAAUUUAUUGUAUGUGAAGUCUGUUUUAAGAAUAAAGAACUAAUUUCACAAAGCCUGUGGAAAUGAUUGAAAACCUGCAAACUGGCUUUACAUCACAGCUCAGCAGCAGUUAUUGCACAAAAAAAAAAUUCUAUUGUGAAUCCUGAAGGAGCAGUUUGAAUAUGCAGCUUUAGAAAUGAACACAUUAAUAAAAGCAAACUCUUCACAUUAAAUAAUCUGCAGCUCAGCAUCAUCGCAGUUUUACUUUUCAGGGGUUUUGAAAUAAAACUUGAGUCACAUUUUACAAGAAGGGAGGAUUAACUUGUGUCUACUUGUUGACUGUGGUUGACCAAAAGAAUCUUAUUUUCAGACAUGGGAGGGAGCGGAGGGCAUAUAAAAACAACGUUUCACUACACUUAUCAGAUCUGAACUAUUCUCCCUCCAAGGGACCUCAGCUUCAUGCACAACAAAGAGAUAUGUGCGAUUCAACUGGGAGUGUAGCCUCUAUUCAGCACAACACAGAAAUGACAACAUGCCAUGUGCUCCAUGCCCCGUUGAAACACUGCAUGCUUCGUUUGUCCGAUUUCUCAUCCACAUGAACUGCUGUCUUGCUUUUACUGAAUGGCUUCAUGUCCCGACAUGUUCAGCACAAGUGGGUGUUUAAAGUCUGCCAGCGCUGUCACUCUGAGGUACCAUGAGGGCAGGCUCUCAGCUCUGACAGAUGAGUGGUAGAAAAAUACUUGGUUGAGGUUAUAUAAUGAGAGAGAAUAGAUUAAAUAUGUAUUGAUAUAUUAAAAAAAAAAACACUCCA